AUGUCCGAUAGAAAUAGACCUAGAGGUCCUAAGCAAGUGCAUCCCUCAAGUUCUCGGGAUUUUCAAUCUAAAAGAUCGUCGUCGUCAUAUAUACCGCUGCGAGAUGCCAAAAAACGGAACAAUGAGAGAUCGAGCUAUAUACCGUCUCAACCCCGAGGGAAUCAGCAAAAACUGCAGCAAGUAGGGCGAGAUGUGUAUCGCCCAAGUAAUAGAAAGGGACCACCCCCCAGUGGACCUAAAAGUCAACAACAACUGGAACCAUUGCCACCGCCACUGCUGCUGUUACAGUCACAGUCACAGCCACAGCCGCUGCAUCUGCUGCUGCUGCAUCUGCUGCAAUUCCGUUCAGGAACCAAGAGGCCAUUGCCUUCAGGACCAUCAAACCAUAGAAAGCGAAGAGAUUUGAAUGAACAAAAAUAUUCUAAAACGCCUUUGGGAAGAAGUAAAAAUUAUCCUGCCAAAGGAAAGUAUGAGUAUGAGUAUGAGUAUGAGUAUGAGUAUGAGGAAGAGUAUCAACAGCGUAAUCUCUCUCCAAAUCAAAUAUACUGUAUAAAAAUACCCAAGGGAGCUCAGGCGUAUGAAAGAGUACAACAAGUUGGCGAAGGAACUUAUGGCAAAGUAUACAAAGCAAAGAAUACCACCACUGGGGAAUUUGUAGCAAUGAAGAAGUUACGAUUAGAGCUGGAAAGGGAAGGGUUCCCUAUUACAGCAAUUAGAGAGAUUAAAUUAUUACAAUCCUUUGAUCACCCAAAUAUUGUUGGUUUACUUGAAAUGAUGAUUGAACAUAAUCAAAUCUAUAUGAUUUUUGAUUAUUUGGACCACGAUUUAACAGGAUUGUUAACUCAUCCCCAACUAAACUUGCAAGAAUGUCAUCGAAAAUAUAUUUUCAAACAGUUGAUGGAGGGAUUGGAUUACUUGCACAAGAAAAGAAUAAUACAUCGGGAUAUCAAAGGUUCGAAUAUAUUACUUGAUCAUAUGGGGAAUUUGAAGAUUGCUGAUUUCGGAUUAGCUAGAACAAUGCAAAUUUCAAGUGAAGGAGAGAAAGCCGAUUUUACAAAUAGAGUCAUUACGAUUUGGUACCGACCACCUGAAUUGUUACUUGGUGCAACCGAUUAUGGAAGAGAAGUAGAUAUAUGGGGUGUUGGGUGUUUACUUGUUGAAUUAUAUUCUAAAAUGGCUGUUUUUCGAGGCAUGGAUGAGAUUAGUCAAUUAGCCAAGAUUUUUAACAUAAUGGGAACACCAACCUUGGAGCAAUGGCCCAAGAUUGAUAAUUUACCCUGGUUUGAAAUGUUAAAGCCAAAAAUCAACAUAGUAUCGAAAUUUGCUAAGAAGUAUAAGGAUAUAAUGACACCUGAUUCGUUUAAACUAGCUGAGAAAUUAUUGGCUUUGAAUCCUCUCGAUAGGCCAGCUGCAGAUGAAGCUUUAAGAGACGAGUUUUUCACAAAUGAGCCCAAACCUGAACCAUUGUUGUUUUUACAAGAUUUGAAAGGUGAAUGGCAUGAAUUUGAAACUAAAAAGAGAAGAAGAGAAGAAAGGAAGAGAGUUAAGGAUGAAGAAGACGCCGAAUUGGCUGUAAGUAGAAAGAAAUUGAACGGAGAGGCUGGUUCUGAAAAGGUAUCUCCUGAUGCGGGUAGUACCGGUUUGAAUUCGAUCUUAGUUUCUAUGAUGGCCGCGUAUAGUGUUAGUAUAACGCUAGACACUUCUAAAUACCUGCCUACACCACCUGAAAACGGUGAUUUCGAAACACAUAUAACUUUACAAGAUGAAUUUCCAUUCACAUCAAGAUUUACGCAUGUUUAUAAUGGAGAAGUGAUAGAAUGCAUGCAAGAGAUAGAGCAAUCAUUUAUAAAGAAUCAUAAUUGCACUUCUCGGGAAGAUGAUAUACAAUGUCACUGUUUAUUCAUGAAUUAUGUUGAUGAGAAUUGCGUUGAUGUUGGGUUGAAAAACGAUGGAUUAUGGGAAUUGGAAAAGGUGGAGUAUCCCGAAUGUCAAAUUGGGGCGUGA